AUGUCGUUCUCAGAAGUCGACCAUUUGGAUACAGAAAGCAUUAAAGAGCACCAUGGAGAAAUCAUUUAUGAUGCUAAUGGCUUCGUUAAAAAGAUUUAUCGUAAAGAUAGUCAAUUAAAUAGAAGAAUUGUUGAUAGUUACGUAGGCAUGUGGCAAGAAGAUAAAAAGGAUUUUUCCAAUAAAGAGGAUGGCAUUCAAAAAAGACGCGAAAACGCCCAAAUUAUGACGAACGCGUUCUAUGACAUUAAAAAGAUAAUGAAAUUUAUUUUUUCUAUAGGAUGGGGUGAAUCUUUUCAUUUUGCUCGUACUUAUAAAGGAGACACAUUUGAACAAUCCAUCAAACGUCAUGAACAAUAUUUGGCCGUGAAGCUUGGGUUAAGUGAAAAACAAAAGACCCUUGAUGUUGGAUGUGGUGUCGGGGGACCCCUUCGUGAGAUACUGAGACUGUCAGGUGCUCACGUUACUGGUCUUAAUAAUAACGGUUAUCAAGUUGAAAGAUGUAAAGCUUAUGCCAAAAGAUUAGGAUUAGAAAGCAAGUCCGAUUAUAUCAAAUUAGAUGGCAGAUUUGAUUCGGCUUAUGCGAUAGAAGCAACUGUUCAUUCACCUAAGCUUGAAAUGGUUUAUGGUGAAGUAUUUCGCGUCCUCAAACCCGGAGGUCUCUUUGCUACUUACGAAUGGGUUACUACUCCCAACUAUGAUGAAAACAAUCUUGAGCAUAAACGCAUCAUUCACGGCAUUGAGGAAGGUAAUUCUAUCCCUUCUUUGAGCUCUUAUAAACAAGCGCUUGAUGCGGCCAAACGUGUUGGUUUCGAAUUGAUUGAACAUGAAGAUUUGGCUAUUUUAUCUGAAUGCCAUGAACCUUGGUACAUGACUUUGAAAGGAGGUUUUUCCCUUAAAGGAUUCAGAAUGACUCGCAUAGGCAGAUGGACUACUCAUAAAUUUGUGUAUUUCCUUGAAUGUCUUCGCAUCGCUGCGCCUGGUUCAACUGACGUGGCCCAUUUCCUCAAUAAAACUGCGGAUGCUCUGGUUGAAGGUGGAGAGAUAGGAAUUUUCACCCCAAUGUUCUUUAUGCUGCUUAGAAAGCCCACGACAGCUUAA